CAAUGACUCUAGGCCUCCAGCCUUUUGAUUUUCCUUUGUCUUUUGCCUCUCAACUUUCGCCAACUCUCGCAACUUUUGCUUUUCAUCCUCUUUUUGCUUUCUCAACAAUUCAACUUCUUUCAAAAUAUCACCCUUAAAGGGGCAAAUAUUAGGAACUUGAAUCACUUUCGGCCUGCCCUUGUUUUUGGGAUUUUUCUUCGCUUCUCGCCUCGCUUUCUUGUUGUGGUCUCUGACUUUUUUCUCGAUCUUGUAUCGUUGAGCGGCGGGUUGUCGCUUCGAUUGCUUUUCUGUUUAAGAUAGUACUAUAAGUUUAUGAUUCAAAUGAAUGUGCACUGUACUUACUAGAUCUGUUUUUAGCCAUUUUUGAGAAAAUUAAAAAUAAUCACAUAGGCCUACUAGGCAUAAAUGAGAAAACACGAGUUUGAAAAAAAAUUAGGUUAUGGUUGUCAAUGUAGAGGAGAGGAAGGCUUAUCGAUAUUCAUGGGUAUCGAAAACUGUGAAUCGAUACGAUAAUCUCUUAUACGAUACGAUAUUUCUGAGCUUCGAAUAGAAAGAAUUUUGUUUUUCUUCUGAGAGCUACUACAAACAGAAAAGAGUUCUUCAUUGGAUCACGUAGUGCAAAAAAAAAAACUUCUACUUAUUAAUCCACAGUCUAUAUUAAAAUUGUUCACCUAUGCCCCCAUACUACCAUGAGCCUUUACUACUCUAUUGAGCGACGUUGUCAGAUCGUGCAAAUAUUAUUCGUUUUGGUUGAUUUUGGGUAGGAACUUUCAUUCAUCUGCUCCAUUCAAUAACGCUCUAGGGAUUUUUAGAUAAAAACACUUGACAACAGCGAGUCCAAAGUUCUAUCUAACCUAGAAGUAAAACACCAAAAUAGUAAUUUUGAAAUUUCAAAUUAUUGAAAAAUUUAUGUUGAUGAUUUUCAAUGAAUCAAAAAUACGAUCUCUAGAUAAAUUACAAACUAGUGCCAGUGAAUAUUGUUAUUGAAUGAAAAUGUUGAAAGCAAGUUGUAGAAAAAUUCAGAUAAUGGUCAAACUUAUGAAUGGGACGAAAUACGGAAGUUGUGGAUUCAAUAGUACGCGGUCAUAUGCUAGUUCAGAAACUGUGACUAUAGGAAAAAUCGUAAAGGACUUGAAAAAGGUGGAAAAGGAGGAGUUUGUACCUAGAUUAUAUUAUAAGAAUGAUCUCCCACAAACCACUGCCCACCAUCUGAGAUGGAUUAUGCAAAAAGACAUUCUAGGCCAAGAUGUGUUUCUAAUAGGCCCUCCAGGGCCAAGGAAACGAGUAUUAGCAAUGCAGUAUAUUGAGUUAACCAAUAGAGAACACGAAUAUGUUGCUUUGAGUAGAGACACAACGGAAAGUGACCUAAAACAAAGACGAGAGAUUGUUAAAGGGACAGCCAAGUAUUUUGAUCAAAGUGCUGUCAAAGCAGCAGUAGAAGGAAGAAUCCUAGUACUAGAAGGUGUAGAAAAAGCUGAAAGAAACGUCUUACCAGUAUUAAACAAUCUAUUGGAAAACAGAGAAAUGCACCUUGAAGAUGGUAGGUUACUUAUUCCGGCAGAAAGAUAUGACAAAUUACUCGAAGAACAUGGUGCCAUAGAAUUGGACAAAUGGAAGCUGGUCAGAGUCGAUGAAAAUUUUCGAGUUAUAGCUUUAGGAUUGCCAGUUCCAAAGUACCAGGGAAAUCCUUUGGAUCCUCCUUUGAGGUCUAGAUUCCAGGCCCGGGAUGUUUCUAGUUACACAUAUCAGGAAUGGUACAAUGAACUUACCAGUACUUAUCCAGAUGCUCCCAAAGACAAAAUCGAGAAACUUCUUUCAUGUGCCUUUGCCUUGUUGAACCAAGAAACUAAGUUUAUGGGAUUGCCAGACUUUCCUGUUGAUAAUUUGUCUAUUGCUGCUGAAAUAUUGAACAAAAAUCCAGAACUAGAAGUUUUCGAUUUACUUUACAGACUGUACCCGUACAAAGUGUUCCUUUCCGAUAAUCUUUCAAAUAUUGAAACAUUAUUAAAAACAUUCAUUAAACUUCCUGAUGAAAAUCACGAAAAAUUUGGACUCACCACAAAGUUAAAAGAUUUCCUCAAAACUAAACUUCAAAACCAAUCCAAUCAAGUAAAAGAAUACAUAGAAACCAACUACCAAAACCAGGUAUUACAAAGUAUGCUCCAAACAGCCCAAAUAGCAGAUUUUUGCCUCAUCGGACCAAGCGGUUCUGGAAAAACUAUGCUCCUCAAACAAAUAGGGGCCUUAUUAAAUAGAGAAAUAGAAAAUAUUGUAUUAUAUCAAGAUAUGACCUCAAGGGACCUUAUCCAACAGCGAACUACUUUGGAAAAUGGAGACACUGUAUGGAGCUUUUCGCCUUUAGUUAAAGCAGCUUUAGAAGGAAAAAUGGCUAUUUUAGAUGGGAUUAAUAGAAUUCAUCCAAGUACUCUUUCAGUUUUACACAGAUUGGUUCACGACAGAGAACUUCAACUUUACGACGGUAAACGCCUAGUAAGCCAGGACCGAUACAAUUUCCUUAUAGAAACACUAAAAAUAACAACAGAAGAUCUCACCAAAAGCGGCAUUUAUCCAAUCCAUCCAGAUUUCAGGAUAGUAACAGUUGGAGAACCUCCAAAUCCACAAUCCAAAGAAGGCAACUGGAUUUCUCCGGAAAUGUUGAGCUUGUUUGUGUUCCAUGAUUUAAGGACUUUGAGCAAAAGCGAAGAAAUGCACGUUAUCACAUCAAAAUUUGGCCCAAUUGACAAAUAUUUGCAUAAAAUACUGAAUUUAGCUCAUUUGCUUCGAGAAAAUCAGGAUCAAUCACUGAAAAACUUGGCUGGACAUCUUUCAACUAGACAACUUAUAAGAAUAGCUGCUAGAAUAAAGCAAUUCCCUACAGAAAAUGUUUAUGGAAUUCUCGAAGAGACUUUUAUGAUUAAAUUUUUGCCUUCAAUAACAAGGAAAUCGUUGGAAAAACUUAUCAGUAAUGUUGGGAUUAUACCUCCAAAUAGUACUAUAGACCACGGAGAAGAGAAUAUCAGGCUAGAAGUGAAGAAUAAUGUUCUUACUAUUGGCAACACCUCUGUCCCAGUUUACCAAACGUCAAACCUCACUAAAGUACCCAAAGUACUCUUCUACGAUAUUCCGCAACAUGUUAAGCUCAUGGAAAGUCUUUUGCAAGACUUUCAAUUGGGCUAUCAUUUGCUUUUAGUAGGAAAUCAAGGGGUUGGCAAGAAUAAAAUUGUCGAUAGGUUUUUGGAGCUUUUAAAUCGGCCUAGAGAAUAUAUUCAGUUACACAGAGAUACCACCGUUCAAACCCUUACAACUCAACCAACAGUCAAAGAUGGUGUUUUAAUAUAUGAAGACUCGCCUCUUGUUAAGGCAAUAAAAAACGGUCACGUCCUCGUUGUAGACGAAGCUGACAAAGCACCCACUCACGUUACUUGCAUUUUGAAAACUUUAGUAGAAUCUGGCCAGAUGAUUUUGAGUGACGGUAGAAGGAUUGUACUAGAAAUACCGCAGCAACAAAAAAAUGAACACUACAUCAAAAUCCAUCCAGAUUUCCGUAUGAUUGUCCUAGCAAAUCGUCCAGGAUUCCCAUUUCUUGGUAAUGACUUCUUUGGUGCUCUCGGUGACUUGUUUAGUAGCAGAGCCGUGGAAAAUCCUUCAAGAGAGUCUGAAAUUGAACUUUUGAGGCAGUAUGGGCCCCAAGUGCCCCAAAAAACGAUAAAAAAAUUGGUGGAUAUUUUUGGAGAUUUAAGAAAUAUGGCUGAUCAAGGGCUGUUGAAUUAUCCGUAUUCAACUAGAGAGGUGGUCAAUAUUGUCAAGCAUUUACAGCAAUUUCCUGAAGCUGAUCUGGAAGAUGUUAUCUUUAAUGUCUUUGAUUUUGACAGAUUUAGCCCGGAAAUUCAAGAAACAUUGGGAGAAGUUUUACAAAGGCAUGGCCUCUCCAAGAAUUUAAUGUCCAGUGAAUAUGUUGCAGCUAAACGUGCCAAGGAAAACGUCCAAGUUACUGUUAACAGGCACAGUGGCUUGGAUGUUUCUUCUCCGAAACAUGGCAAAGAAGACCCAAAAAAUGAACCACACGUAGGUGGAAAUACGUGGGCAGGAGGUACUGGAGGCAGAGAUACUGCAGGUUUAGGAGGUAAAGGAGGACCAUAUAGAUUGGAUAAAGGUCACAAGGUACACCAGCUGUCGGACGAGGAAAAAGCUAAUAUUCCAGAACAUGUUGCAAAAGCUGCUAGGGAAAUGAACAGACGAGCUUUUGCUGAGAAACUUAAAGAAAUUGGCAUGUCCGGAUAUGAUCAUAACGUUUAUGCUCAAUUUUCUGAUCCUGUUGCUAGACAAGUGCAAUCUUUAAGGGUUAUUUUAGGGAAUCUUCAAGCUAAGAAUAAGGAAAGGAAUUGGUACAGGCAUCAAACUUCUGGAGAGUUGGAUGAUGCUAAGUUAAUUGAUGGUUUAUUGGGAGAAAAAACCAUAUUUAGAAGACGAGCAGACAAAGAACCAGAAGUUGGGGCACCUCAAAUUAAGCCCAAAUAUUUCAGAGUCUUAGUGGAUGUUUCUGGAAGUAUGUAUAGAUUUAAUGGUUAUGAUGGAAGAUUGGAUAGAGAAUUGGAAGCAGUGGUUUUAGUAAUGGAGGCUUUUGAAGGCUUUGAAGAUAAAAUCAAAUACGACAUUAUCGGACAUUCUGGUGAAGACCAUCAUAUAAACUUUGUUUCCAGAGAUAAACCUGCUAAAAAUAACAUGGAACGACUUGAAGUUAUAAGAAAAAUGCACGCACAUUCCCAAUUUUGUUGGUCAGGUGACCACACUCUGGAAGCUACACAAUCCGCAGUAAAUAGUUUAGCUAAUGAAGACUGUGAUGAAGCAAUGUUGGUACUAUUAUCAGAUGCUAAUUUGCAACGUUACGGUAUUCCGCCUUCAAAGUUAGCUGAAGCCUUGACUAUGAAGCAAAAUGUUAGUUCUUAUGCGGUGUUUAUUGGGAGUCUUGGAGAUCAAGCUGAAAGAUUAACCCAAAAGCUACCUUCCGGACGAGCCUUUAUUUGCAAUGACACCAAAGAACUUCCCCAAAUAUUAAAACAAAUUUUCUGGUCCUCUGUAAAUAUAUGAAUUUUUGUUAGCAC